UUGACCGACAGAGGAGAGUUUAGUUUUUUCGGGUACAAGUUUCGGAUUUUGUGUUAUUUGUUCUUGAAUUCCUUGAAAGUUAUGCCUUGACAGCGAGCCAAAUCAACUAGUCCCUGCUCUUCAUGCAUUGGAACCCUAGUAGGAAUAAUGAGCAUUAAGUUCGAUGCAGAUCGAAAGCGUAAACGGCUCAAACAAACCAGCAUCGAGGAGAGUUUCAAACGACAUCGGACCAUGAUGUCAAAGAUGCCCCUUCACCUCCCAGAUGAGAAAGAAGAGCUUCCAAUGCAAAACUUCCAACACAGUUCAUCUCCAUUGGAGAUGGUUAGUGAUCAGGAAGAAGAUCUUAGAAAGAAAAGGGCUCUUUUGGCUGAUGCUGCAGAAAAAAGGAGGGGUGCUUCAAACACACCCUGUGCGUCAGCAACAUCUACAGCAAGUUCAGACAUGGUCGUUGAAGGUGGAAGUAAAGAUGAAUUAAGUGAUAAUGAUGACAACCUUGUCAGCUUUGAUGAUUCUCCUAUAAUAUUCACAGAUUCACCUAGUCCUGUGCCUGUUCCACUUGAGGUACCAUCCAUUCAGACCACAGAAAGAUUUGUCUCAGGGGGAUGUUCUCUUCAAAGCCUGAACAGAAUUCCUUCAUGUUCCCCUCCAUUACCGCCACUAGAUCCACAACCUGGCCACACAGUAUUAGUCAGACCUUCCCUUUCAAAUGAUUUUGCUGAACCUCCAAAACCCUCUCACAAAAACUACAGAGACAAAUGGGAUAAGAACCAUGUACGGAUGCCUUGCUCAAGAGAAAACCUUUACCCAGGACAGAAUUGUGAAAAGAAAAUUAUUCAAAAUAGAUGGGAACUGAUAGAAGCAACUUUGUUAGGAUCAAUCACAAACUCAGUUGAGCUACAGGAUGCCAUUUUGAAGUACAAUGCUCAUUACUCCAAGAGGUGGAACUUUGAAGCUCUACACAGCUAUUUUAAUGAGGUACUAGAUAUCAGCCAAAGAAAUGAAUUUUUCAGCAAGACAUUGCCAGGAAUGGUGUCUCUUACUCUUCAACUUCCCACUUUGUGCACUCAGGCCAUUCCUCUUUUAAAACGGCAACAAAAUCACAGCAUAACAAUGAGCCAAGAGCAGGCUGCCUGUCUGUUGGCCAAUGCAUUCUUUUGUACAUUUCCAAGACGUAACUCUUACAAACACUCAGAAUAUUCAUCAUUUCCAGACGUAAAUUUUAAUAGAUUAUUUCAAGGCGGUAAAGGAGGAACAAAUUCAGUUAAAACAGAAAAACUUCAGGCCAUCUUUCAUUAUUUCAAGAGAGUUAUAAGGGAGAUGCCAAAGGGAACUGUUACUUUUCAAAGACAGGUUGUGGAAUCUUCUGACAUGCCUGACUGGGAAAGAUGUACUACGCUGUUUGGCAAACUUCAUGUCUCCACUGGUGGUACAAUUGAAGACAACGGAACAGGAUUUCUUCAGGUUGAUUUUGCAAACAAGUACAUUGGUGGAGGUGUUAUAGGAGAGGGUUGUGUCCAAGAAGAAAUACGGUUUCUUAUAUGUCCUGAACUGAUCCUUUCAAGGCUGUUCUGUGAGCGGCUUGAUAACAAUGAGUGUUUAAUGAUAACAGGCGCGGAGCGUUACAGUGAUUACACAGGAUAUGCGCACACGUUUAGAUGGGCUGGUAACCAUAGCGAUAGAACAACAAGGGAUUCUUGGGGACGACGGCACUCUAAGAUCGUGGCCAUAGAUGCACAAGUAUUUCGCUGUUAUACAGAUCAGUUUCAAGUUGGCCUGCUCAAAAGAGAACUUGACAAGGCAUACUGUGGGUUUUACUCCCCCGUAGAACCGAAAUAUCUUCCAGCAAUUGCCACAGGAAACUGGGGCUGUGGCGCAUUUGGAGGCGAUCCUAGAGUGAAAGGGUUAAUUCAAAUGAUGGCGUGUGCUGCUGGGUCCAGGGACAUUGUGUAUUUCACGUUUGGAGAUGCUGAAUUAGCGGAAGAUCUUCUCAACAUCCAUUCAUUUAUCACAGAACGAAAACUAACAGUUGGUGGUGUUUGGAAGCUGAUGCAGCGAUACGGAAAAGAAAUUCGAGCGGCCAGCUCCGUGACAAUAAAACUGUAUCCAUUUAUCCGCCAGCUGCAAAAUAAUUACGAAGAUGAUACUGAUGAUGAACAACCUGCGAAUAAUGGAGAAAAUGCUGCCACCUUGAGUUACAAUCUUGAAGAUAAUUCUGAAUCUUGUAAAUCCAAGAGCCAAGAUAUCGUGUGAUGACAAGUCCACCGGACGGUUGCUUGACUCUUAUACAAUUAUGUGGUAAAGAACUGAAAAAGGGCAGCAACUGUUUUGUAAACUCAAGUAUUGCGUGACGACACGGCCUCAGCCGACUGUUGCGUGACACUAAGCCGAUUAAGUGUCGCGAAAGUCGCGAAACUGACAAACAUGCGGCGAACCCAUCGUUCAUUACGAAGGCAACGCCAAAGGCAUAAGAAGUGUUAUGUUACAUUAUGGUCUCCUAAUAGUGCGUGACUCUUAGACAAAUGCGUGUCAAAACGGUCAUCGCCGAUGGUAGAUUGUCCGUUGAUACAAAGUGGAAGCGAAGUCCAAAAGCAGAGAGUUAUAGUUUCACGACCUGUAAUAGUUGCGUAAUCAAGUGCCACGAAAAUGGAAUGGCUACCAAACGUACCGUGUUUAUUCGAUCAAGCGCCCAACCUCGAAUGAGCGCCCACCCGCAAGCUCCAAAAGUUUAAUAAGCACACAGGGCACUUGAUCGAAUUAAUGCGAGAGGGAGUUUUAGCGCAUCUUUACAAUUACUCGUCUGAAUGUUAUUUAUCGGAUUUUGUCAGCAAAAUCUAGUUGUUAAAUUAAGGUAUAUAAUUUCUUAUCUGUUUAUUGUAAAAAUUAAAAGAAAAAGGACUUUAUAUCAAGCAUUUGAAAAGUUGUGCAGUGUUGAAGCACUUCUUUGAUAAACAGUUUAAUCGCACGGUCAACGAUCAAAUUGCAGAUAUUUUGAUGUUUGCUUCCAAUGAAUGUCGGGCAGAUAUAAUGAGAAUUACUAUAUCGACGUUAGAAAUUAAAUAU